UCGGAAGGUUUCACCUACAUAUCCUCCAUCGACGGAUGCAUGCGCAUACAUACACACACGCGCCAUUCGUGUCUUUGUUUAUACAUUCGUAUGGUCGUGCAUUCGAUUAAUUGCACAUCGAUCAACGCGCCGAUGCGAUGAUUUACGUUACUCGUUUCUUAGAUCAGUGGUCGGUAAUCAGAUGAAAACAUGAAAUCGUCAGCCUGGAACGUAGUCGAAACGAUUUGAAUUCUACGCGAAAUUACCGAUCGAGUUCCUCCAUUUUCCAAUACGAUCGUUUCCAAUAGAUCGAGACUCGUAUUAAUAUAUCGAUACCGAUGCAAAGAUGCACAAGAAUCUCUGGUUGGACUAAACAAACUUGCAGAGUGUCUCGACGGUGGUUGUGAAAGUGACCGUGAAGAUUGUUACUACGAAGCAGUCUCGGCGGAACCAGUUACACAAAAUGAGACGGAAGCUGGAGAUCCCGGCCCUUUACUUCCUCCUGCUGUCGAUCGCAUCCACCUACGUCGUUCCAGUCGCCGGCCACAAGCACUCCAGGCGACACCGGGACUUUACCGUGGCCGAAAGCUACGAUGCGUCAUCGUCCAACGGUGACAGCCUUUCGAUGACGAUACCGCCGUCGAUCGAUCGAUCCCCGCUUCCCGAGGAGUCAUACCUUCCUGAAAACCUGCACACGAUCGACCCCUGCGCCACGAAAUAUUGCGGGAUGGGCAAAGAAUGCGAACUUUCGCCAAACAACACCGUUGCCACGUGCAUUUGCAUGCGAAAGUGUCCACGAAGACACCGACCGGUUUGCGCGAGCAACGGCAAGAUCUAUGCCAACCACUGCGAGCUGCACAGGGCUGCCUGCCACUCCGGAUCACCACUCACCAGGAGCAGGCUCAUGCGAUGUCUGCACCAUGACAUCGAGAACGCUCACGUUCGAAGGACCUUGCACGUGAACAGAACAUCGCCAAGAACGAGCAAGAUCGUCUCCUAUCCCAAGUCCAGGAGCCGAAAGAAGGGUGGUUUGAAGGAUAACCUGGUAUCAGACAAGAACGAUUCAGACUCGAAAGAAUGCUCGAAUCAGGAAUACGAAAUAAUGAAGGAUAAUUUGCUACUCUACAACCACGCGAGAUUAAUGUCUCAGGACAACCACAGCAAGGAAUAUCUCGUCAGUAUAAUGUUCUCUCAUUACGAUCGGAACAAUAAUGGCAACUUGGAGCGCGAAGAGUUGGAGCAGUUCGCGGAGAACGAGGAUCUAGAAGAGUUGUGCAGGGGUUGCAAUCUCGGGCACAUGAUCAGCUACGACGAUACGGACGGUGAUGGAAAACUGAACGUGAAUGAAUUUUACAUGGCGUUCAGUAAGCUGUACAGUGUUUCAGUGGUGUCUCUGGACAAGUCCCUCGAGGUGAAUCACAUCUCUGCAAGGGUAGGCGACAACGUGGACAUCAAGUGCGAUGUCACAGGCACACCACCUCCGCCAUUAGUGUGGCGACGCAACGAGGCCGAUUUAGAAACGCUAAACGAGCCUCGGAUUCGAGUGUUCAACGACGGCAGCCUCUAUCUAACGAAAGUGCAGCUGAUACACGCUGGUAAUUACACGUGUCACGCAGUAAGAAAUCAGGACGUGGUACAAACUCACGUGUUAACCAUCCACACUAUCCCCGAGGUAAAAGUGACACCGCGGUUCCAAGCGAAACGUUUAAAAGAGGAAGCGAGCAUAAGGUGUCACGUUGCUGGUGAACCUCUUCCACGAGUGCAAUGGUUGAAAAACGACGAGGCGUUGAAUCAUGAUCAACCGGAGAAAUACGAUCUGAUUGGGAACGGUACUAAACUCAUUAUCAAGAGCGUUGAUUACGCCGACACUGGGGCCUAUAUGUGCCAAGCUAGUAGCGUCGGUGGUGUUACCAGAGACAUCAGUAGUUUGGUGGUUCAAGAACAACCCACUCCGAGAACCGAGAACGAGGAGCGAAGAUUUUUCUCUUUUCACGAAUGGGGCAUUUUAGUAUACGAGCCGUCUGCUUGCCGACUACGGCAUGAAAUUCGCUCUACGGAUGUUAUACCUGGCACUCAGGAAUACGUGUGUGGCGUUAAAGGUGUCCCUUGUUCAUGGGGACGAGCGAUCAAUGUCGCAAAUCGGUAUGUAUAUGUCAGUCAACCGGAUAAAGAUCGGGUACUUGUUAUCAGCGAAAUACAAAUGGUUAUAGUCGACGUGGUAUCGACAGAUAAAAAUCCUGUUCAACUCUGGUACGUUCCCUCUCUUGAUCAAGUAUGGAUAUUGAAUUGGCGAAACGAGAAAGACAUGGAUGUAAAAACGGUACAAGUAAUCGAGGAUGCUGCUCAGAAGAAGAAACAUCGGGCUAUUCGACCGGAACCCAUCGAUGCACAAUUCGACAUAAUUCAAAAUAUUUAUAUUCCUGAACCCCAAGAUAUUGACAACACGUUCAAAUAUGGCUACGUGAGUCAUGCGAAUCAACGUAACAUGUAUAAACUUGAUUUAAAAAACAUGAAAUAUACACGUAGCGCUGAUUUAAGCUCUUAUAAUUGUGUUCCAGUAAAUGUCCAGUUUUCAGUCCUAUAUGGAUUUGUAGUAAUCGAGUGCCAAGCACCAGUUACCAACCGACCAACGGGUCAAUUAUUGCUAGAUUAUUUAACCGACACUGUUCUUGCUUACAAACCAAAUCUUUUAGGAAAACCCACUAUUUCGCCUGACUCUCGACACCUCGUUACUUUAGACAAACAAGACACGGGCGUUACUCUAGUCGUACAAGAAAUAUCACCCAAUGGUUUGAAAUUCGCAUUUGACGUAAAAACAACACUGAAUAUCAGCGAUAUUGCGCUGUACCCAUCACAAACAACGCAUGGUUACGAUAUUUACGCAUCAUCCAUUGACAAAGAAAACAUACUCUUCCUUGAUCUAUCCACUGGUAAAGUGGAAAUGAUAACAGGUGUAGGUAAAGCAACAUCGCCCAAUUUGACAAAAUGGGGAAACCCGAAUAGACCAAUUGUACAAAGUGGCAUAUUUGGUAAAUACAUGGUCAGUCCUUCGAAUGAUGCACUUUUCGUUUUAAACGGUGAAACUCGAACAAUAAAUUGCGAAAUUGGAGGCCUAGAACAUCCUGGGGCAGUGGUAUGGUUUACAGUGUCUUUACAUUAAGCAAUCGAAAUUUCGACAACGAUACACGGCGCGUACAGAUGAAUAAAAGUAGCCAAGCACAGAAGAAACAGUGAUAUGAAACAAAUAUCAUGUACAUCACUAUUUGAACAAAAGAAUAGAAUAACUGUAGUUUUGUUAGGUUAGAAGAAGGAACGGUUGAAACAAAUUUUGAGAAAUAUAUUCUAACACCAACAUACCAUUAUCCAUGGUUAUCGUUA